AAAUGUAAACAAAGUCAACGAGACUGGUGUGUGCGAAACAGUCUCUUUUUGUGUUAUUUCUUAACUUAAUUGUUAUUGUCGUUGGAAAAAUAUUGUUAGUCAAAAAUUAUAUCAAAAUAUUGUUGUCUCAUUUACAAGAAACACAAAAAUAAUUUUCGAGUGCUUCAUUUCGUAUUUCGACUACAAAUAUCCAAUCGAAUUUGACAGAAAAGUCUGUGUCAUAAUACGUUACACCGGGUUACCGCCAAAUUGGCUUCACUGUUAAAUCAGGCACAAAAUCGUAAUUCACCAUUCGUUCUCUAAUUGUAAAAACUAUUGCACAUCUCAUGGCACCGAAACGAGCCCGUCCAGCCAGCACUGCCACAAAUGGCAGUAAAGCUAAAAUUCAAAAAACUCUCCCGUUCAAGGUUGUUAAAAAGGAAACUGAAACUGAGGAACAGUCGGAAAUUUCCUCAGAAUCGGAAAACGAAAUUGAAAAUGUGCCAAAGGGAAAGGACGGCAAAGUUAAUUACAAAUCAAUGACGAACAUUCUGCCAAAAAACUUCGUUGAAACGAGCAAACACAAUGUCUUCAUUGGAUCUCAUUUAUCGAUUUCUGGCGGAAUCGAAAAUGCCAUUAUUGAGGCUGGAGCUAUAGGUGCACAGGCGGCGGCCUUUUUCCUUUGCAAUCAACGAACAUGGAAUGUCAAAGAACUGGACGAGGAGUCGGUCAAAAAAUUUCGAAAAGUCUGCGAUGACUACGGUUUUCCAUCCCAUUUGAUCGUACCGCAUGCUUCGUACCUGAUGAAUCCUGGCUCCGGUGACAAGGAACUGUUAGCCAAAUCGCGAAAAUUAAUGAUCGACGGUAUGGAUCGAUGUGACAGGCUCGGUAUCGAUUUGUAUAAUUUUCAUCCCGGAUCGACCUGCGGCAAAAUUUCCAUUGACGAAUGCAUCAAAAACAUUGCUGAAUCGAUAAACAUUGCACACAGUAAAACCAAAUCGGUUAUCGCUGUGAUUGAAAACAUGUGCAAACAAGGUCAUACCAUCGGUGGAGAUUUCAAAGAAAUCAAAAAGAUUAUCGAUCUGGUGGAAGACAAAUCGCGUGUCGGAGUUUGCAUUGAUACGUGCCAUGCAUUUGCGGCAGGUCACAAUCUUAAAACCGAGGACGGAUUCAACCAAAUGAUGACAGAAUUCGAAGAGCUUAUCGGAAUAAAGUACCUGAAAGCCGUUCAUCUUAACGAUUCAAAUGGAGUAUGCGGUUCACAUCUGGACCGUCAUGCCAAUAUUGGAAAAGGAAAGAUUGGUUUGAAGGCAUUCAAACGAUUGGUCAAUGACCCGAGAUUCAAAAAUAUUCCGAUGGUUCUGGAGACCCCGGUCACUGACAAAGAUCCCCUGGUUUAUAAGAGGGAAAUUAAGUUGUUGUAUAAACAAGUUGAUUAGUUUGACGGCGAAACUGCCGUGAAAUUAUUACGUUUCAAGUUGAGUCGUUUGUUGGAUGCAUGCGAACAUCUUACCAAAUUCUGUGCUUGAUUGAAGGAAAUUUUGAGGAAAUAAAUGACAAAUUAUAAGUCACCCUAUUGACGACACCGCA